GCGUGCAUUUUCCCGAUCGAUGUCAAACCAAAAGAUUCGUCUGUAUGCUGUCGUGAGUCAAAUGUGGAUUGUUUCUCUCGUGGAAUAAAUGUGUAUUUUCCAAUUGGAUUAACUAAGUGUUCUGUGUAAAACAGUGAUGGUAUUGCUAUGUGGAAAUGCCAGGCCUUGUAGUUUUCGGUCGAAGAUGGUCUGUCGGAUCGGAUGAUUUAGUUGUCCCGGCACUGUUAUUGACGAUUCUUCAUAUAAUAUGGAUAGCAAUACUGACAGUGAUUUACAACAAAGUGCAGUUUGACAAGGCUGCACAAUGUUCAGAAGAGUUGCGAUGGGUGGUACUGGGCUAUAUCAUCAUACUGCUAGUCUGUAUCAUCCUGGAGUGUGUGGUGACACUGGUCAGUAUCCGCGGAAGCAUCCUUGAAGUCUCGCCCCGGGCAUCUAUACAGUACCUGCUCUAUGGCAGGCUUGUUGUGUUCCUUGGUGAGGUUGGAUGGCUGGUGUUCGGUGUGCGCUGGCUCGUGCUUCACUUUCCCUGUCAACCUGACCUCGCAGCUAAGGCAAUGCUUGGCCUGAAUGUUUUCCAAUCAUUCAUGAUCUGUAUCCUGUUCGUUCUUCUCUGGUGUACGUACGACUCAGCGGGCAGGAAGUGGGUCAAGUUCAAGCGUUACCAGGAGAGUAUGAGGGACAAGACCCGACGGGCUCGGCGGUCAGGUGGCUCACGCAGAAACUGGCGACAGAGAAGCGGCCUGCAAACGUAUUUGAUUCAGAGUAUGAAAAGGAAGGCGAUGCGGGCUUAUGAGGAGAGCUGGGACCGCAGACUUGGGCUGAUGUGCUGCUGUGUGGAGAGGAAGGGCAGAAACAAGAAUUCAAUGUCAGAAAUUGCUCAGCUGUUUACGGAGUUUUUUCGGGACCUGGAUGUGGUGCCAUCAGACGUUGUCGCUGGUCUUGUGUUGUUGCGGCGCUACCAAAGUUUAAGACAACAGUUCACCAUCAACCAGGAUGAGAAUGAUGUGCACAGAUAUCUAUCUGGUAUUCCUGUCACACCGCGAACACAGUUUCUACAGCUAGGCCAGCCGGAGGUCCUUCAAGAAUACAACAAGGUGAUCCACUACAUGAAGUUUGCGAUGGCUGCUUAUGGUUGGCCUAUCUUUAUGAUGAUGAACACGGGAACCGGCCUCUGUCGAAUAAUGCCAUACUUAAGAUGUUGCUGUUGUCAGACCUGUUGCUGCGGUAAGCCCACAAAGGCAGACUACAUCCUGAAUGACAACUGCUGCCAGUGUAAUGUCGUUGCUCUCAAGAAGAUUAGUGGACUACCUGACAUGGACCUUGUGUAUGUCACCUAUCAUGUAGAUAUUGGAGAAACACCAUUCUUUGUUGCCGUUGACAACAAGUACAAGAAGAUAGUCAUCUGUGUCCGGGGUACACUUUCACUGCAGGAUGUAUUGACAGACCUGAAGGCAGAUGCAGAAAUCCUUCCCCUUGAUCCGGUUAGGGAGGACUGGGUCGGUCAUAAGGGGAUGGUGCAGGCAGCUAUUUACAUCAAGAAGAAGUUGAAGGAAGAUAUGAUACUGAACAAGGCUUUCCAGAAAGCCAAGGAGCAGAGCAGUGAGAAGUAUGAGCUAGUUCUGGUUGGCCAUUCGUUGGGAGCAGGUGCUGCAGCUAUUCUGGCCAUCCUACUGCAGCAGGAGUACCAGGACGUCCAGUGUUACGCCUACUCUCCUCCUGGUGGGCUGCUCAGCUAUGAGUGUAUGCAGGCUACAAAGUCUUUCAUUACAUCUGUUGUGGUUGGCAAGGAUGUAGUUCCAAGGAUUGGAUUGCCACAGAUGGAAUUGCUCAGAACUGAUCUCAUUAACAUUAUCAAAAAGUCAAGUAACCCAAAAUGGAAGAUUAUAAUGAAGGCUCUGUGUUGUGGGACACAGUCAGCGAGUGGUAUGACGUAUGAGGAGAUGCAGGAGGCCAGCCAGCGUGACGUGACUGCCCACCCCUCUGAUGACCAGAUAGGCCUCACUGCUCACAACCCCAUGUAUCCCCCAGGCAGGAUCAUACUGGUUGUACGGAACCAUGUCCAUGGCAAAAAGAGAUGUUGUGGUGAGAGGGAACCAGUCUACCAGGCCAUAUGGGCAGACAACUCUGACUUCCAGGAAGUACUUGUCUCCCCUACCAUGGUGAAUGAUCACAUGCCGGACAAUGUCCUUGACGCUUUAGAAAAGGUCCUGGUGAAUGUAGCACCGCCGAAGCCAACACGGAUAUUAACCGAGAUGGAGCGGAAGGAGUUGCUCCUACACGACAUGUCCCCUGGCACCCCCGACACUCCGACAGCUCCAUAUCCUCUGGCAACAGCAGUGUUGCCUGGCAACAACAGUGCCAGUGUAGUGUGUGAAGGGGCGGGAGGCUGCAGGGUUGAACAUGGGGUUGAGCACAUAAACCCGCAGAUUAAUGUUUUAGUGAACUCGAGUCGUAAUAAUAUUGACUGGGAUUCUGCAACUGAGAUGCUGCUGUAUCUAGAUAAGGAAAACCUAUUUCCUGGGUACGGUAAUGAUUCAAGACUUAUGAUUGAUUUAGAUUCAGAGUGGGUGGAUGCCCCGCUGGCAAGUCCAGAAGCAUUGUCUGCUGCAUCCAGCAUGUGUGCUCUCAGUCGGACAGGCUCUGGACCUAAGGGUGAUCACAGGUCUGAGAGCGCUUCAAUCAGACUCGCUACCAUAAAACAGUCGCCUGAUUUGCACUCAAGGUCAGACCACUCCCUGCAAGAGUCACAGGGCUCUGUGGACGAUGUGAGUGACACCAUUAGUCAGAUGGAUGUUACCAACGUGGGAGAUGAUGCCAUGAGUAUAAAUACGUGCAAAAGUGUGGGAGAUCUGUUAUUAAAGGGUAAAAUGGCGGGGAGACUUAAUGUGGACACGUUGGGUGAUAUUGGUAAAGGAUCAAUGAGUAAUUUACUCCCGAGUGAAAGUAUUGAGUUCAAAAUACCAGAAACAGAGAUGGUCAUGGAAAAUGAAACAAAUGGCAAUAACAACGUUCGCAAUAAGUACUUACAAUCUCAUCAACCAUUAACAAAAGCAGUAUCAUCACCUGUGAGUCUCACUAAGUAUAAUAUUGAAGAACAUGUAGUCGAAGCUUGUUCUCAGUUAAGUGUUGAGGAAGAAGAAUUAGCAUGUAAUGGUGCAAAACAAGAAAAAGAGGAUGGAUUUACAUCUCUUAAACAAGAUAUGAACUAUGAAAUAACUUAUCCUGAGGAGACUACACAGUUUUCUUAUGCUGACCCUAAUAAUGUGUACUCUCAAGCUAGCAUUGGCUAUGUACCAGGCCAUAUCUUUGAUGUGUAUAACAGUUUUGAAACAGAUCAGGACGACAACUUUUCUUGCACAGAUAAGUCUGAAAAUAUUGUGGAAGAUCAGGCUGUAGUGCAUUCAAGGCAGGCGGGAAAAACAAACAUAUCCCCAGAAAAGAAACUUCGGCACUCACAAUCUGAAUCUAAAAUGAAGGUUUUGUCGGAUCAGUUCCAAAUGAAACGCUCAACCGAGGAGGGUGAUAUUGCUCAUUUGCAGGACUCCAGUGAAAUAUUUGUUGAUGUUCAUGUAGGGAAGAAACUCAAGCAGAGGGAUUCUGCUCCUUUAUUUGAUAAAACCUUGUUACCUUCUGUAGAAACCAGACUGGAAUCAGUCGUUGAGCUAGAGACUGGUUCUCCUGAGCAUGAACAAUUAAGAAACAGUCUACACAUCAAUGACUCAGCUAAAUUAGAAAGUAAUGAAUCAUUUGCGAAUGGAAAAAAUAAUAAUAAUAAUGAAGGAGAACGGCAUUUUAUUAUUCAUGAUUCAUCUGAUUCUGAAAAUGAGGAGAGAAUAACAUUUAGUGAUAAGAUGUGUUUAUUAAGUAGAAAAAGUUCAUCUGAAGAGGAAAAAACAUUCACAGACUUAGAAAAAUCAGAGCGUAGAUGUUCUCAAGGAUCAGAUAGAAGCUUGCAUACAAAGCUUCCAGAGGAUGGAGAUGUACGAUUAUUCCACAGUCAAUCUUGUCAUUCAACAUUCACAAGUUCCGCAAGUGGAGAAUCUGAACAGAGGCUGUCCCUUAUUUCCGGUAACUCAGAAGAAUUGCCCAUUGUUGAAACUGAUGUGUGAAAAACUGACGUAGAACAAUUUAGAUAUUAUUUAUUGUCAUCAUAUAGCUAUGUUUGUUUAAUGAGCAAGAUUAAAAUGUUUUAAAGUCGUUAAGAUUUAAUUAACAAAGAUUUUUGAGCACUGUAUAUUGACUGCAUCCUUUUAGUCUCAUGGGUAAAAUAUCAAGAUGCGGUCAUAUUAAUAACAUAUAUAUUCAUAUCAAACCUAAGUAUAUAGUAAUCAUAUAAGAACAAAGGUUUACCCCUUAAAUAAUAAUAAAAAUGUUUUGAAAUGUAUUAGUUGAUUCCAGUAUAAGGUACUUAAGCCUCUACAGAAAUAAGUGCUCUGUUUGUGUUAUAGAAUGAAUAAGGGGCCAUAAUGUGAUUGAGAUAUUCUUCAUCUGUUCUGAAAUCCACUGAUACAGUUAUAAUAUGUUGUUAGCGUUUUAUGUGUGGGUUUCUGUAGUGUUGUCAAAUGGGAGUGUUUUUUAUGUUUAUUUGACAAACUGACCAUGCAAUCACUGUGCAAUAUUUGUUAAGGUAAUUACAUUUAUCUCGUAGUAUUAAUUAUAGUAAGUUUUAUGUUUUAUUCAUGUAUUUAUAUUUUAUGCAUUUGUUUCUUGUUUAAAUGUUUAUUUUUACAUGUAAUUUAAGUUGGUAGAAACCAUAUUAUUAAUGUAUGAUUAUAUUGAUCGUAGAUAUUCUGAAGUGUCAUUAUUGUUCUAUAUUAUUGAGUCUAUUUUAUGUGGAGAUGCUUUUACAUCACAUUGUUCAGUGGUAAUAAAGCAUUUUAUA